UGAGGAGAAGGACAGGCGGGACAUGGGAGGAUCUCUGGAAGACGAACGACGCAGUGGAGCUACUCUAAGGAGAAGUUGCGGAUGUCCCGUAGAGUGUUCUGGGAGAUCGUCGAGGCGUUGUCCCCUCAUCUGCAGCGGAGGGUGACUUUCUACAGGGUGCCUUUGAUGCUGGAUUAUAUCAUCGCAUACGCGCUUUAUGGUUGGGCAAGCGGGGAGACGUAUAAGACCAGCACGUCGUCAUUCGGCAUAGGACGCGCAUCAGGAUUGAUUGCAGUGGAGGAUGUGACUCGGGCGCUUCUGAGGGUGUACCGGAAGAAGAUCGUUUGGCCUUCUGGGUUGCGACGGCUGGUCGUUCUACGCACGUUCGUGGCGAAGGGUUUUCCCAACAGCUAUGGCUGCAUAGACUGCACGCACAUCUAUAUGUACAAACUAGUGAACGCACCAUCCGAGAACUACUUCGACCGAAAGCAUCGUUUUUUGGUGGUUGCGCAGGUGGUUGUGGACUUGGACUUGCUUGUGACAGACGUUUUCGUCGGCUAUCCCGGGAGCUGCCACGACAUCCGGGUGCUUCAGCUUUCCAUUCUGUGGACGCGUGCCAAGGAGGCGGGUCUUUCCCGUGGACCUCUUGUGCUGCUGCCAUUGGGGGUGAAGACACAUGGGUACAUCCUCGACGAUAGCGGUUAUCCUCCCAUGGAGUGGAUCGUCGUGCCUUAUGGAGGGACCGGUCGAUUCGUCGACGAUGAGAGGUUUGACAACAAGCAAAGGGUCGCCAAAGGAGCGGUGGAGAGAGCUUUCGGAAGGCUGAAGGGGAGAUGGAGGUUUUUCCUCCGCACAGACAAAAUGAAUACGGACACUCUCCCGCAACAGUUUCAAGUCGUGUGCAUUUCGCACAACAUCCCCCUGGAUGUCGGCAUAGACUUCGACGAGAACUUGUUGUGGGAGGUGGACGUGAAUGGCAUGCGUCAGCGAGUGGAGUUGGGUUUGGAUUACCCACCCCGUCCCAUUGCGGGAAACUUCAAUCGGCCUCGGGCGCUGGCCUUGCACGAAGCACUUGCGAAGCGCAUGAAACACGAGUGAGCGCGCGAAGUCUCUACACUACGGUAGCUUGGUCGUUGAUCUCUUGCGGAGGACGCACAUGGUGGUGUUUGGGACAAGAGGGGUGUCAAAGCACUCGGGUAGAAGUGUCGUGUAGUUUCGUCGUUGGCCAUCUCUGUGCAAUUUUAUUUUUUUAUUCUUUUUCCUUUUCUUGUUGUAGUUUUCUUCGGUUGUCGAACCUUUGAAGAGCGAUGGAGGGGUGUUCCAUCACCGAUUUUAUGAAAACGACACUAUCGCCUUUAUUGUGUGUUUUGAACCUAUCCAACACUUUCUUUUGCCUUCCUUCAACAACCGUUUUUGCAGGUUAUGGUUUGAAGUUCUCUCAUCGUCAAUUUUUGUUCAAUGUAUUUUGUAUAUCUUGGGUGAUAGUCCGAGCAGACACACAUCGAAGGAAAACGAUUUUUAUCAUUGUUUUUUUAAAUGUGUUUUUUGUUUCUCCCUCUUCCGCAACUCCGCAGUGCACUCGUCCAUGUAAUGGAUACAUCCAUCAAUGAAUGAACCGGUUAAUCAAUAAACCGACCAAUCAAUUAACAAAGCAGUCACUCAAUC